AUGUAAUUUAAUUAUGAAAUACUUUAAGAAUUAUAUUCAAGUGGUCGAGUGAGGGUUGAGAAAGUGAGAUCAUUGACAGACAAUUAGACCUACAUUUAGAAAACGUACCUGUCCAAUAAGAAUGAAGGUUUAAAUGCUAUAAAGAUGUUGGCUCAAAUAAAAAAUUAGUUUCUAUUGUAAGUUAUUGAAUACAUGGAGAAUGAAGAAUAGCAAUUAGUAAUCAUUUAAGAAUAUUGUGAUUAAGGAGAUCUGAAAACUUUCACUUUAUAACAUAUCGGUUACAAAAUGCAAGAGAGCAUUAUAUGGUCACUAUUUCUUUAAAUGGCUUACGCUCUAUUACAACUUAAUGAGUUAGGCAUACAACACAGGGUUCUCAUACCAGAAAACAUACUAUUAUUGGCUAGAACUGAGGGAUACUAGAUCAGAAUAACUGAUUUUCAUAAGUCAUCCAGAUAGACACUAUGUUAGUUGCCCUGUCCAGCAAUCUACUUGCCACAUGAAUACUUUUUCGAUGGUCAGUACACACAAAAGUCUCACAUUUGGUAGAUCGGCCAUAUUCUAUAUUUUAUGGUCUCUCAGAAACUAUUAUUUCCCUAAUCAACUCCGGAGAACCAAAUCAAGGAGUAAUUACGUCGAGGAAGAAUUCAAAUAAACAUUUCUGACUUUUACUCGCCUGGUUUGGUCAAAUUGAUUAAUAUUUGUCUGAUUAUCAGAGAGAAUUAGAGACCGAAUAUUCUAUAGAUUUUAAGGAUGAAGGAGGUGAAGGAGGCCAUUAAUCGACCUUAUUACGAAUUUUCAUUAGAAUAAAAAAGACACUUAAUGUAUUGGAUCAAUAGUUCAGAGACUACAAUUUCAUACCCAGUUUAAUAUUCAUUUAAUGAAUUUGAUUUACAUUCACCUAAAUAAAUAUCAAAGGAAGUCGUUGUAAAAAAGAAUUUUUAAAAUUCAAAAUUACCAGAAAUAUUUUAAUAAAAAUAAAAAACCAAGAAAUCUUCUUCUGAAAGAAAACUGGAUUCUGAAAAUCUCAAGACCGAAAUAAAAAGAAAAGAAGAUAUCUAUUUAUAAUAAUAGCUUCUUUCAUAAACUUACACAAACAAAUAUUUUGUUGGAGUUGUUAAACCUAUCAGUUAUCAUAAAAAAUAAUAAUAAUAGUAAUCAUAAGUUACUCCAGCAAGAUUCUCUAUACCUUAUGAGAAACAGCUGGACUCCAUUUUCUAAAAUCUAUUGGAUAGUAAGAAAUAACUUUGUAGCGAAUGGAUUGGAGACUCAGAAUACAUGUUUUUGAAAUCUCAGAUAAAACUAAAUAAAACCGAUAAAUUGAUGAACUAUAUGUAAUACAGGUACCCGAAAGUAAAUAGCAGUGUAAUCUUGAAAUAAAUUAAUGAUAUUGCUGAUUUGGAACAACAAAGAUCUUACAGCAAAACUAAAUAAUGA